GCCAUCCAAAUAAUAAUAGGAUUAAUCAACAUUUUGUUUGGGAUUCCUCUCGCGUUUACCUUCUUUUCAAUUGCAACCAUGUCAGGAGUGCCUUUUUGGGGUGGACUACUGUACAUAGUUUCUGGGUCCCUGACUGUAUCAAAUGACAAGCAAACAAGCAUAAGAAAGGCCAAGAAAACACUAGUAAUGAAUGUGGUGAGCUCCGUGGUAGCUUUUGUGGCAGUAAUUCUUCUUAUUGUUGAUGCAGCAAUCUACAUUCCUUGCUACUAUCCUUAUUGCAACGACGACAGCUACUUCUACUCCUACUCCUAUUGGUCUGAUCGAUAUCCAGCAUUAAAGUCUAUUAUGAUUAUUUUCUGCUUACUUGAGGAACUCAUCGCCGUUUCACUGUCUGUGUACACAUUUAAGACCUCUCCUUCCAGCAGAUGUUGCCUUCCACAGCCUACAACAAUGAUUGUGACUCCUGAUGUCUUGCAGAUCAAGCAAGUUCCCCUGGCAAUGAAUACUCAACCUGCCCCUCCACCAUACAGCGAUCCUACACCUCUUCUCAAAAAUGAAGCCACGAGUCCUAAGAAUGAAUCUACAGGGAAUAAUUCCCAUCUACUGACCCCAUCAUCAUCUCCUUUGUUGUCACAAGCUGAUGAUGUGCCUGUCCUAGAUGUUGCACUAGCAGUUUAAAAUUCAGGACUGUGUUCUUACACAGCCAGCAAUAUAAAACUAUAGAGUAAUGUUUUUUUUCUUUUCUGUUUUAUUCUUUCUGCAUAAGCAUUAUUUCUACAGUUAACAGCCAUAGCUGUGCAUAAAUAUUAAUCAUACUAUAUUGUGAUAAUGAAGAAAUUUCACUAACAGAAAGUUUGAAGGUCGUGGUAUCAUUCAGCAAGUUUGUAUCCAGUAAUGAACUGUUUUGGCAAAACCAUCUCCGCAUCAUGACAGAGAGAAGUAGAAUUCUCAAUUACCUACCUAAAGUUGGACUGAUGUCACUUGAGCCAACUGGGGGAGGGCAUGUGCCCAGGAUUUUGAGUACCUUGUUUGAGACCUGAGAACAAAGUUGUUAGGUGUAGCUCAAUCGGCAUGUAACUAGUCCACAAAUGACCAUGUCCCCUCUAACUAUUACACGCCCAACACUUGGCACUAUUGGGAAUAUAUUUGAAAUGAUGACCAUUAAGAAGAAAAUCUCUAAUUUCCAUCAAGGAUAAUGUCACUACUCCAGGUAUUGUAAUCUCAUCCCAAGUGGAAUGACUGGGCCAUAGGGUACUUCUCUAAAGAAGAGCAAAUAGGCCAUUUGAGUCAUUGAGGGGUAAACGCUUAAUGGUCAGAUGUGGGGAUUGGCAACAAGUAUAAUAAAAAAAUCUUACUAAAUUAGUUGCAGUAGUUGAACUGGCAGUUUUCUCAUAUCCCUAUGCAGUAAGGGAGCAGCUUUCAAAUUUCAUCAAAACCAUCUUCAUUGGAGAUUGACUUGAGCCAGGAGGUAAUGAAAUCAAAGCACUGGUCACAACAAUACUUUUUUGGGAUAGUUAGAUGAAGUCAAAAGCAGCUAUGUAUACUUUAUAUGACCAAAGGUAUGUAUUAAAGAACCAUUAUAAACAUUCGGGAUUCAUACUUAGAGGCAGUCUAGAGGAAAUGAAUGAAUAACCAUGGAUAAACAGCAUCCUACCCAUGAUGGGAUUCAGCUGAAAAGGCUAAUGAGACAAUAAGUCAAUAUUCAAAAUGGCACAUGCCAAGAUUAGAGAAUUGGUAGUGGACUACUUAAAUUAUUUUCACAAACAAACACUACAGAUGUUUAAGGUGCAAUAAUAAAUGAAUAAGACAAAUGUCAUAUCUACUGAAGAACUUAAAAUAAAAGGGAGGGGGGCAGUAAGUUAAUCUUGCAUUACAGCUUCAUUCUACAUUAUUCCACAUAGCUGGGCAGUUUAUAUUAAGGAGUAAUAACACUGCAACAGUUUUGCACAUCAUAAACAUAUACUUGUUUUUCUGUGAAUGAAAAAAUGUAUUUACCUUUUUGUGGCGGGUUAAGACUAUGCUGUAAAUCUUUAUAACUCUAUGUCCAUAUCUAUGCCCCUCUUUUGAUGAAUCUCUUGCAGAAGCUCCUUCAUUUAUGUAGCAGCAGGACAGCAGCAGUGAUUGGUACCAUAUACUUUUCAACUUCUCCUUCCACUUUACUUUUCUGCUUUGUUUUGCUCAUAUUUCUAAAGACACAUGUCCAAAAAGCAUCAUAACAUUAUGAAACAGAAACAUUUUUCUUUUUUUUGACCAGCUUUUUUUAUCACUGUUGCCAUAAUUACCUAUACAUAUCUUAAACACAUUUGACUUAAAGCUAGGAAUGGAGAUUCUUUGCAAAUGCAGAUCCAGUGUCAGGCUGUAGUGCCCCCACCCCCUCAAACCCCUUAUUGUUGCAACACCUUCAACAAAAAAAUUCUGGAUCCAAUACAACUUCUCUGGGUUCAAAAACCACAAAUGGAUAGGAUUCUUAAAUUUCUAGGACCCGCACAAUAUCUGCAUAGGGGUAAAGAGUUGGUUAACUGUUUCACAGCCAUGACAAAAUUCACAAUGUCGCUCUCAGUCAAAGGCUCAGCUAUUGGAUGGAAUCUCCUUUUUAGCACUGUGAUAUAGGCUUUCCAAGGAAGACUGUGAUGUGUGACUUUCUAUAACUGGAGCACAGCUUCCUGUUUUUUUCUGAAAAUGGGACUGCCACUCCAGAGGCAAUUUUCCUCCUUGCAUGCAGCAUUGAAAAAAUGCUUUAACCAUGGCAUCCCAGUAUAUUUAAUUCCUUUGUCCACUCAUGCAGCCUUUACAAUUGUUACUGUUUAAUCAUAACCAUGACUUCAUGUACAGAUAUGUAUCUAAUCACACCAGUUGCUUCUUGUACUUCUGCCUAAGAAGAGAUGUAUCCCCUGGAUAUGGAUUAGUGUCCCUGGUAAAGGGCAUAAUUUCUCUGCCUUCUAUAGGAACAGUCUGGCAAUAUACCAUCCACUCUCCUAAGUCAUAUAAUGGUUUGUCAGAACCCCUUUAUGGUCAUGUCCUUAUCAAACUUUCACAACAAGGCCUUCACUUCAGCACCUACCACAGGAGCUGCCUUCCUGGCUUAUCAUUACCUAUUGGUCAUAUCCAGAAAAAACAUCAUUUAGCAUUAAAUGGUUUUUCUUUUUCCUUUUUUUUGUGUGAUGGCUUCUCUCACUUAUGUUGUCCAUCACUGGGCCUUGGGAUUAACAGCUUAACAAACCCCGCCUUGGGUCAUGGCUCCUUGCUGUUCCUAUGACUAUCUUGACCAGAGUACAUUUGUAUGUGUUCUAUUUCCAGUCUGUCACAUGAUAUGUAAGAAGCCAAGAGUGUACUUUAGCUCCCAUUCCAGCUGUUCAUGGUCUUCAUGGACAGAAUGUCGUGGCUUUUGGAAAUAUCCAGAUUAAGGAUGUAAGGAUUGUAAUUCUGUUUAUCACAGACAAUAUCUUUUUGGAAUCCAGUGACGGAUCUCUGGCAUGCAAGGGAAUGGUUUAGUGGUGAAUGUGAAUCCACUGAGAAUGAUAAUCAUCUCAUUAAACUCCAAGGUCCUUUGUCUGUCUGCUUCUCUCUCUCUCUCUCUCAGGAAACAAUGGUUUGCUGUCUGCAGGGAAGAGCAGCUACCACAAGUAGGAGAGUUUAAGAAUCUUGAGGUCCUGUACAUGUAGAUUAAAGAAGAAAGGUGCAGCUGUGUUUGUACUGUAGGUGUUGACCGGACUAAGACCAGAUCUCAUUUCAAAAUCAAGCCCUGUUUUUCCAUCACUCAGUAUCACCAUCCUUUACAUAUGGUUAUGGACUUUGGGUAGUAACACAAAGGGAAAAAUCAAGAAUAAAAAUGGCAGAAAUUACAUUCGUUCAUAAUUUCUGGGCUUAUUUCUCCAUGACAAAAUGAGCAGCUUGGCAAUCCAGGAUGAUUUUGGAGUAGAGUUACUGCUCCUCAGUACUGAGAAGGGCCAGUUGAGGUGGUUUGGACACCUAGUAAGGAUGGUUCCUAGAUGCCUUCUGAUGGAGGUGUACCAGACACAGUCCGCUGAAUUGGAGGCUCUAAGCAGGUCCAGGAUACACUAGAGAAAUUAUACCUCUCAGCUUUUCUGUGAAUGUCAUGGUAUCAGCCACUAGGAAAUGUUUACUGUUGCUGAAUGCAUCUAAAGCCGGAUUGGCCUGUUGCAUUAGCUAUCGCUGUGACCAUCAGCAGGAAGAAAAUUAGGUGUGUGGAUGGAUGGAUAUCCUCAGAACCAGCAAAAAAUAUGGCAAAUGGGAUGUGAGAAUGCCAUCUUCACCAGACCAGUGAAGUACGUAACUCAUUGGUUGACCACUUCAUCUCCCAUAAUGUCUUUCCUCACUGGGGGUCUUCACAUAAUCCCAUACUCGGGUACCUGAAACUAUUUUUCCAAGGUGCCAUAACAAAACCUCCACUCUUGUAUCUGUACUGAAUUCAACCCUUAGCUAUAACCCCGAAAGUGUUUGACCUUUCCUGAUCUACUACAUCUUUACUCUUAGCUGGUUUCCAGUGUCCUACCCUGGCCUGUCACCUUCUGUCUUUGUACCUCAGCCUUGUUUACCUGUCUGGUGUGGUUUGGAUUAAUUGUCACCUAUCUAGCUGCUCCCUGGUGUAAUGAAAGUCACAGGUGAGCCAAAAGACUUGAAGUCACAAGGAAUCCUUGCGGCUACUUAGAGCUUGUAGGUAUGACUGAACAGGCCUAAUCUAACAUGCUUUUUUGUGUUGCUAUACAUCACAGUGCUUGUGUGAGUACUGCUCAUGUUGUUGUUUCUGUUCUUUCUUGCAUUGUAGAUUUCUAUUGCAUUGUAGGUCAUAGUAAAUCUCAGCAGCCCCCAAAAGUUAACAUUUUCUCUUAGAAUGUUCAAUCUCGGUACUAGUAUAACUCUUGAUUCUAGACCACUAUCUGAUAGUAGAACUACUGGCAGAAACUGAGUCACUGGUGCCAGUUGGCAAUGUAGACUACAAAGUUAGCAUGUACAUGAGUUUUGCCUAAAUAAAAUUUCCCAUUGCCAGAAAAGCAAAAAAGAUCCUUAAGGACAUUGGGCAUCAUUUAUGACAGCAAAAACAAAAUAUAAAAAAUAUCAAGUGCUGCACUGAGCUCUCCUGUCUUUUCUUUCAAUGGAUCCCUCCCAGAUUAGCAGAAGAGUACUAAAACUGAAAAUAUGCUUCUAUUCUGGACUGAUGUAGAAUAAAGUGGUGAAUAAUAAAAUUAUUCAGUAUACAGAGUUCCCAUAUGAUCUGUUGGUGACCCUGACUUAUUAAUACGUUUAGCUUGCCACAGGGUCAGUUGUGAUGUGUUUGGAAUGGAAGAGGGUUGUUUUCAUGUUUCUGCAUUUGUUAAUGGAAGACGCACUGACUGCAGUUGAGUACCAGUGGGGGUUGCACAUUUUGGGACAUGGAUGUCUCAACCUGAUGACAUCAAUGUGUUCUGCUGAGAGAAGAAAAUGCACCCAUAGUUCUAGAUGAAAGCCAAACUAAAUACCAUAACAAUCCCAGAACAAGUUUAUAAUCCAGAAUGGGCUGGAAAUGUUCCAUGACAUCUCGGAAUGAUGAAGGUAGGGGAUGCAAGAGGAGAUUGUCUCCUUUCUCUUUACAUUGAAGUGAUCUGAAAAGUUUGGGGACUGUCCCUGCCCUCCCCUUCCCACUCUCUCUCUCUGACACACACACACACACAUGGGGUAAGAGUUAAAAGGGUGCGACUAUACCAGAGAAGCUGGACUAAUAGCUACAGGGCAGCUUGAAGACCCAGCAUUGUAGUUUGGGGGUUAUGGAUCUGUCCCCAAUAACCAAAGGUAACAUAUGUUUUUCUAUGUUGCUUUUAUUGCAAAUGUCUCAUAACUUUUAUUCUUUCUGAAUAAUUCAAAUAUAUGUAAUUCAUCUACUAGAAUUGUUUCUCUGCUGCUUACUGAUUUUAACUGAUUUAAAAGGAAGAAAAUAAUCUUAGAGCUGUCUAAUCUAUCUUAUUUCAUUUAAUGCUUAUGAAAGUAACUUCUUUUAAUGAGAAUUACUUAACAGUAAAAUCAACAGUAAUUACGUUAAUUGCACUUAAGUUUAUAAUCAUGUAUCACAGUGUUAAGUUGCCAUUCUUUCUGUGUAAAUUCACAUUGUAAUUAAAAUGUUUGAAGUAAAAUAAACAUAAGUGCUUUCAUUCCAA